UAAAGAUCAAAGGGUCCAGCACAAGUUUCGACAGUUGUAGUGAGAGGAUGAGAGAAGCGCUGCUUCCUCGCAGAUGGGUAAGCGUGCUAGGUCGCCGCGCACAACUGGCAAACCAAACACAUAAAGAAACGUCAAUUUAUCUAAACGACAUUCAAGGAGACAUUUUAUUUUGUUUGUAGUUGUUUUUUUUCGUCAAUGUUCACAAUGUUACCCGCGAAAUAUCGUAGUGCCCUAGUUUUCUUCACAACGUUUUGGUUUUACGGAACUUUUUCCCACGGGACCGGAUUUAGACAUUCAACUAUCUUGGACCCUCAUGGGAAAUACCAUCUAAAGUGGAGGUUUGACCGGAGAACAAUUACUUUUGAAAUAGAAGUGGAAACGAGAGGAUAUAUAGGAUUUGGUCUAUCUCCCAAUGGUGCAAUGGCGUUGUCGGAUAUUGUCAUUGGUGGAGUCACAGAUGGAAGACCCUAUCUACAGGUAUGCACCUGGGUUUUACAGAAUGAAAGUGACGCAGCUAGGCCUAUACCUUGCUUUUUAUCACGAGGUGGGCUACUUUCACUGAAAUUGUAACAUUGCAUACAUACUUCAGUUGUGCUGCUAUAGGAAAAUAAUGAUUUAUAUUACAUUUAUGUUUAACUAUUUCCCCAUGGCUAUUUGGGUAUACUGUGGGUGUUGAAAUAGUCCUAUCUAAAUCCUGAUUAAAAUAGAUAAAAUAGUCAUUGAGGGUCUCCAAAUUGAACUUCUAGUGACAUCUGUUAUUGGUUAGGUGUAACUAGGUAUGGUAAACUGUUGUGAUGCACAGCCAGCCACUCAUGGCUUAACUCCAACAGGGUAAGGGGUCUGGAUAUUGCUACACAUCACAGGAAGCUUGCUCUGCCUCAGGGAUCAAGGAUCACAUUUCUGGCAAUGAUGCCACACAAUCUAAAAGAACCCCUCUCAUUGUGUUACCAGAAGGAGACGGCAGCUGUAGUUUUGUGCCAAUGUUGUUGUUGUUUGCCCACCGUAGUGGAAAAUUGACAUACAUAUUUACAUGCUAGGCUUGGCAGUGACUGCCAGACACUUUCCAACAACAGCCCCGUUUAUACCUGGUGCUAACAUGGGUCCUGUGUCCUGAGAUCUUGUCAAAUUUCUGAUUGUGCCCACAUUUCCAGAUAUAUGUCUACACAUGGUAUUACAAUGUGUCUCAUAUCUGUCCACUGUGUCCGCAUUGUGACCAGAGUUCCUGGUCCAUCCCUGUAUGCAAAUUAUUUCACAGCUAUUCUUUCGAAAUAAUAUUUAUUUAUUUAUUUAUUUUAAGACACAUAGUCAAUGGUGCCACCUGUCAAUGAUUUUAGAUGUUUCACUGUCCAGAUCCGUCUACACUUGUAAGAUAUCCAGACACAAUUCCUGACUACCACCGGAGGUGUUCAAUGCCUGACUAAUGCAUGCCUGACUACCUCCGGAUUUGGACAGGAAGAUCUGAUCACAAUCAGAUCACAAUGCGUCUUUUAAUCGACUACACCUGUCUAAAAAUGUGGGGACAAUCAGAAUGUGGACAAGAUCAGGACAAAAGACGCUACUACCAAGAUGUUAGUACCAGGUAUAAACGGGGCUCAAGACAAAUUAAGUAUAGUAACUAUGGUAACAGUCGUUAUCCUAGCUACAGUAAUAGUACAGUAUUAAGCAAAGUAAAGCACAUUUGUUGUUUACAGUGCUCUUUCAAUUGUGUCAUAAGAACACUGGUUUUCCCCAAGUUUAGUGAUUUACAUCUAUGUAUGUAUAUUUAAAUUGAAGAGCUUUCUUAUCCCCUCCUUAAUUUUUUGUUCAUUACAGUAUUAUUGCAGCCAAAACAGUUCUGUUUUAUCCGGCAUGCUUUCUACAGGAUUACUUUGCAGACGCCAAGAGAAAAGUGCAAAGAGAUGUUCAGCAGAACUACAGGCUGGAAUAUGGCAGGGAGAACAAUACACAUACUGUACUGGCUUUCAGCAGGGACCUCCUGACCUGUGACACAAAUGACAAGGACAUCACGGUACGUGGGUGGUGGAAGUGUUUUAUCUAUGGGAAAUGUGGGUGUUGUUUGUGUGUUUAAAUGUGUGCUUGUGUAUGGGGUAAGGUGGGUGGGCGUUUUAGUUUAAAUGUCAGUUCAUGCCCGAGGUGUCAUAGUACUUCUUACAGAAUGUUAAAAUUGAAAUUAAUUUAUAGAUAAUAGAUGUGUAAUAUGUGCUGCCCAGGAAAGCACAGUGAGAGUGAUAUGGGCCUACCACAUUGAAGAUGUGGGACCGUCAGGACCGAUGUAUCAUGGAGUGAACAGGGGGAGGAAGAGUAUGCGGCUACUCGACCCAGGAAUGAAAGCUAAUAUUCCCUCUGGGGCCGACUUUUUCAACUUGCAAAACAUAAACGUAAGUGUGACAGCUGGAGAAGAAAUCACCAUCUCUUAAACAAACCUGAUACCACUUCUAGCUUUUAUUACUUCAGAGGGACUUUUCCAACUCUGAGACCAUAUUUGCACUGUGUGAGAUUUAGUCACAUUUUAUGACGAGUAAAUAUCAGUCUCGCUGUCUGUUUGUUUCUCUCAAGAUAGGUGCCAGUGCCAUACAAGGACACUACCUACUGGUGUCAGAUAUUUAAGAUCCAGGAGGUACAGAAGAAGCAUCAUAUCAUUAGAGUAAGUACACACUUGGAAAUCAUUGAGCUAUAUUAACAACACAGCAGAAAAACAAUAGCAAAUCGACAACAGGCUUUCACUUGAGGAAGUACUCGCCUAUAGUUCAGUCAUCGCGCAGCCAUCGUGUUUACCUUUCUCUAAAGGCAUCUCACCUGGAUAAUUGGAGUUUUUAUUAGUCUGCCUGCCUCCGUCUUUCAUUGCUGUCGUCUGAAGUAUGUUCUCCCCUGUGGGGAGCUUUCUCUCACUUCUGAGGUGAACCUGCAGCUUGUUUUCAACUUGAAAUUGCUAAUGUGUAUUAAAAGAGCCAUUGUUUUAAUUAUAUACCCCAGACAUAAUUGAACAAUUAUGAAACCAAAAGGCUUCAAAGCACACUUGAUUAAAGGAGGUAGCGCGUACAAUUUAGAAUCAAAGGUAUGGUACGAUGACACAUUGAUCUGUCAUAAAUACCAAAUGUGCUCUUAAAACUAAAAACCAAAUGUGCUCUUAUGUUUAACUACACUGCCUUAGCUAUAUAAUGUAAUAUGGAAUAGUGGUACUGUAUCACGUUAUCAUUUGUCACAUCACUUACAGUAGGGCUAUUCUGUCAAGUCAAACACUGUUACACACAACAACAAAAAAAGGCAAAUAUUGAGAGCAGUAGAAUGUGCAAAAUAUAUUUCUCAAAUGCUUCCAUUAAGUUAUCUCUUUGAACACAGUAUUCAAGGUAAGCAUGUCAUUGCUUCUUUUGAUGUUUCCAUGGCUAUGGCCUCUUUGACUUUAGAAUGCUUGGACGGAGCAAGAGUUCAAAACAAAGAGUCUUCAGUCAUUAAGUGAACCAGAGCCAGAAAGAUAUAAAUAGAGCUACCUCCCUGUUCUCUUACUCCCCCUCCAGCACACAGCUUACUGUACUGUACAUGGAGCUGGCUCUUCUCUUCUGUUCUCCACUCUGCCACUCCGAUGAUGACAAUUAGAGCAUAGACUGAGAAACACCAGCACCAUUCUAGCUGAAAAAUAUGCUCCAGUGGAAAAAAAAGUGUGGAAAAUCCUAGCCUUAUUAACAGCUGUGUGGCUCAGAGGGUCUCUGAUUCCACUAUACAUAACACACGCUGUUGUUGUAAGAUAGCCCAUAUAUUGUCGUGAACUCUUAUUUUAGAGAGAUCUUUGCAUGACGAAAUAAUGUAAGAUACUAAAAGUGUUGCUAGUACACAAUUAGAGUGAAACUGAAAUCAUUUGGUUAUCCAAAUGCCACGUGGGAGUCAGGCUGUUGUCAUUAAACAUAUUUUUCCAUCCCAGAUGUUUUCAUGUGCGUGUGCAUGAUGUGUGAGUCAGCGAGUGAGAUGCAGUAUGUAAGACAUCUGUUUUUAUGUGUGUUAUGAAUAGGACUGUCUCAUCCAAUUCAUCUGUGGUCUAUAAAGAGACAUUACUGUUGUUCUUUUUUGGGUUUUAAAGCAUUUAAACAGAAGUUUAAAAGAGCCAGUCUCAUUUUCCCUGUGCACGCCUAUCCUGACACUUAAAAAAGCCCCCAUUCCCAUGAUAUAUUCUCAGUCACGGUUUCUCUCUCUACCCUCUGCUCCACCUGCUUCGUCCCUCUGGGGGAUUUGGUCUUUUACCACUCCACCCUCUAUUAUCUUGGGCACCGCAACCUCACCUCCUGUUUAGCUGACUCUGACUUUCAAGACUUCCUGAAAACUGUCUACUUGACAUGCGUAUUCUAGUUUGAUAGAUGUAUUCUAUUCAAUAACGUCCUCUAUUCAGAGAAAGCGGCCUAUAAAGUGUUUUAUAAAGGCAACAUUUGUUACACAGUGUAACAAAUCGUCUAACAAGAGAUACGCUUUCCCCCCUCUUUCAUGGCAAAAUCUCAACCUCUGACUUAGACUACGACGGCUGCUUCCACCCUAAAUAAUAACAUUUGAGAAAAAGUAAAAGGAAGAAUGUCUAAAUAUUUAUAUGGUGGUCAUAGGCCAAGCUUUGGUCUAAUGUCCUGCUGAUUUGAAAGGAGGCCUCACAGUAUGAUGUCACAGUUUGCCCAGCAGGCAGCAAGCUGCUUUGCUCCGAAUCGCAGUCCAAACUAGAGGCCCCCAUUGAGGAACAAAUAUUAUUUUUCACUACUUUCAUCCUAAGGUGAGCAGGGCCAACCCAAUCCUGUUUAUCCCAUCUCAUGUGUAUCCUACGGUUAAGAGCAAUAGAAUUGAGGUCUUUUAAGGCAAGUGUAGGCAAUUCAAAAGAAGCCAACUGUGGUUAGAAUACAUUAAAAUGUACAACUUCCCCUCUUUCUGUUUACAGAUUGAGCCUUUGAUUCAAAGGGGCCACGAAAACCUGGUUCAUCACAUUUUGUUGUAUCAAUGUGAUAGCAACUUGAAUGAGAGUGAGCUCGAUGCCAGCCAUGAAUGUUACCAUCCAAAUAUGCCUGACUCAUUUCUCACCUGUGAGACGAUAGUCUUCGCCUGGGCCAUUGGUGGUGAGGUGGGCAAUUGUUUUCUAUUUGUAGUGGUUUUAAAUUCAGUGUUGUAAUACAUUUCAUAAGCUACAUGUAUUUGCAUGUAUCAGAGUGAUUAUGUAAGCUUCCUUAUCAACAUGUUCAGUAUGCCUCUCAAUCUACCCUUACAGGGGUUCACCUAUCCACCCCACGUUGGUCUGUCCAUUGGCACAGCAAUAGACCCUGUCUAUGUCCUGAUGGAAGUCCACUAUGACAACCCAGCCCUUCAACAAGGUAUAAUACACCAACAAGGACGCAUCAUGUUACAUCAUGUUACAUAAACAAUGAAUGUGGCUUGUCUGCCUUGGCCAUUGUAUUUGUCCCUUUCACCCAUUCACAGCAUACACAUUUUGUGUGCCAAAGUGAUAUCUACAGCACUUUACAGUGCAACAGUCAGUUACUCUGUUAAUCAUAAUGUUACUGUUUCCUUGUCAGGAGUGGUGGACAGCUCUGGCCUGCGUCUGUUCUACACCCCAGAGCUGCGUCAGUAUGAUGCAGGAGUGAUAGAGACAGGUGUGUGGGUCAGUCUGUACCACAUGCUACCUCCAGGCAUGCAGGAGUACGUCUCAGAAGGACACUGUACCCGCGAGUGUCUGCAGGAGGUAAGACAGCCAGCUCUGGUGGUGUUUUUCAAUCUGGUGCGAUGCCAGACAUUCCCAUUUCACUAGGGAACAACAGGAGUCAAACAUCCACUGUUAAAUUACUGUUAUGCUAUAUCACCUACAGUGACAAGCCUCUGUUUUAGUCUUGCUACGUUCCCAAAACAGUGAUCAUCCAAAAGUGCAAUUUAACUAAAAAAGCACUGACUCUUUGCUCCCCCUUCAGUCCCUAGGCAAGGAGAUGCCCAGCGGAGUGAGGGUGUUUGCUGUUCUGAUGCAUGCCCACCUAGCUGGCCGCGCCAUCAGAACCAGACACUUCCGGGAGCAGGAGGAGCUGCAGCCCCUGUCACAUGACGAGGAGUUUGACUUCAACUUCCAGGAGUUCCAGCUGCUGAAGGAAGAGAGGCUGCUGUUACCUGUUGGUACACUGCUAUACUGUUUACCUGACAUGUUAAGUAGUGAGAAAGGGAAUAAAUCUACUGCUUGAGCUUCCCCUGCAGGUCUAAGCAUGUUUACCUCACCCUCUGAUGAACAGUAAAUAUUGAUUAUCGCAUUACUUUGAUCCACCUACAUAGAUACAGGACAUAAGUGGAGGUUCAUUUUGUUUUUUCUUGCUCACUUAUUAUGUGAAAAAGAUUUCAUACAAACGGCUGUUGCCUACAGCCGUGCUAAAACCACAGUAAAUCGCACCUCAUGUACUAUUGCUUUAGUGUUAUAUUGAUGUUGUACUUUAUGAACAACGCCAUUCUGUUUGAUGUGGGGUUCUAAAUUCACAACCAAAGAAGAGCCUUGAUUUCAAUCUGCUUUCCUUUCAGGGUGACAAUUUGAUCACAGAAUGCAAGUACACCACAAAAGGCAGACAAAACAUGACCUGGGUAAGAAUGCACUACUCACAAUCCACAUGGAUAAAUGAAUACUUAUUUUCCCUGCUGUCUCUUUUUUUGCUUUUUUGAAACUGACCUGUCAGCCCUGAAAUGGUGAAUGCAGCACAUCCUUAAGAUGUGGCUUCUUCCUAAUGAUCUGUUUUUAUGAGUUUACAGAGAUCACAACAUUUUUCCAUGUGUCCUAUUUUUCCUCAGGCUGAGCCUAUUUGAGUCUAUUUGAGCUCAUGUUUCUCAUCUGUCUGCGUGUCUCUAUGAGUUGAUGAUUUGGUUGAUUGCAGGAUGGGACAAUAGUGAUCAUAUUCACGCUGACUUUAUUACACAACCCUUUAAGGAUAGAGCUAUGGGAUUAUUGCUUUGACUUCAACGUUGCCAUAAAACAGACACAAAGCACAUUGUUUUGAAACAUUCUUAUCUUGAAGAAUAAUUAUAUUGAAGAACACUAUCAUUCAUAUUUCUCAAAAUUAAGGCGGAUAAUUUAUCAAUAGAAAGAGUGUAGGCUACUUGAAUGGCAUGGAAUGGAAUGGAAUUUAGUUUUAUGUAUUUACCGGUUAUAGGAAUGAGUUGUGUUUCCCUUGCAUGAACCUCUUGGUUGAUACUUUCAGACGUAUGUGUUAAAGGCUGUCUGUUCUUGGCUGAACAAUCUGUCUGCAAAUACAGCCCCAGGACCACAGAUGGAGGAUCUUGGUUAUAUCGCUGUUUGCAGCUACUGGCACUGUUUCUUACAGACACAUCAAACGAACAAAUUACUGAUGACUACAGUCGUAAAUCGGGGCUCGUUUUCUUCUACAGUUACUCUCUACUGUUCAGGAGAAAAAAAUUGAACUCGUUAUUCUGGAACAAUAUCAGACAGAAUUUUUAUCCAUUGUUAUGAUUUUGUGAAUUCUGUGAAUUCGUGCCAAUUAUUUUCCCCGAAAUACACAUUGCUUGCCAUUACGACUUUGUCCAGCACAUGGCGCCACAAAGCAAUGCUUUUGUGUCUGCUCCGUGUUAGAAAUAAUACACCCUGAAGUGGUACUUAAAGGGAUAAUUCACCCAAGUUACAAAAUGUCAUAUUGGUUUCCUUACCCAGUAAGCAGUCUAUGCACAUGCUAUGACACUAAACCAUGCUUUGGACAUUGGAUAUUUUAGCAUUUGUGGCACAAAUGGGUAAACUAUCUACAUAGUCUCAUUCUCAUUUUUUCAGAAACAGAUUUUCAUGAUUUCUUAGUGGCUGUUAAAGCUGAUGAUUGUUACAAAGAUAUAAAUGUAUUUGUUGACAAAUGUUUCUGUGGAGCUAAAUAAUAUAAAAUAGAAGUGUAACGUGGUAGUAGUAAAGCAUAGUAAAUGUUACCUUUAAUUUAGCUGUUGUAUUGGCGUUUAAUAUUGAGCAAACUGAUUGCCUCCCAGGCUUGAUUUCUUGACUAUCUUCCUCUGGUUGUUUCCCCAGGGUGGUUUGACCACCAGGGAUGAGAUGUGUCUGUCCUACCUGCUCUACUAUCCCAGAGUGAACCUGGCUAGGUGUGAGAGCCUCCCUGAGAUCACCGGGCAGCUCAAGUUCAUUGGAGUCAAAGAGAUCCAGGUCCCUGUCACGUAAGUAUAGGGCUGUAUACUGAAACUGCAAAACCCAUGUAGCGGUUGAAGUUGGAAUCUGCAACAACAAUUGGGGAAGAUACUUUUGAGGUGAAUCGUUUCUCUGCCUGGAGCACCUUACAAAGGUCAAAGGUCAUACAGCAUGUGUUCUCAGGGAGAAGUGAUGUUUUCAAUUAGUUACUGCAUGUUAUACAGAGAGGACAUACAUACAUUUGCUCAGGCCUGAGAUAGAGAUUGCAGGCCUGAAAAAGAGAUUGCAGGUCAUUAGAAGGAAGGAAUAUGGGAUAUAAUCCUGAAGAGCUCGUAGUCACACUAGCCCAGUGGGGUCAACAUGUGGAACUGAGCUGCAGCUGAGAACAGUGAUACUCAUUGUCCUGUUUUAGGCUGUUGUGUUUUGCUUUAACAGUUAGCAUGCUGGAAUUUGACAGCAAGAUAUACAAAACAAUAGUUUUCCACACUAUGUUUUUGCUCUUGCAUUCCAUUCAUUUUGUUCAAAAUAACAUAGUUUUCAUCCAAUUAAAUUAAACAAUGCACAAUAGUUGCUGUGAAAAUAAUCGUUUUGCCAUUAACUUUGAAUUUGUUUGCUUUAUGCGCAUAAAAUGAAAUCCUGAAACAUAACGUCAUUCUACUUCAUAUAAUGAUUACAUUACAUAGAAGUCAGUUAACAGUAUGUCAGUAAAUACAGUAAACACAGUUCAACAUGUUCCUUAACCUGAUACUACGUAUUGUAAUGUGUCCAUGUUGUCUCCUGUUCCUAUGCCCCUGAUUGGUAGGUUGUGUAAGGGAGACCUUGGCCCUGAGAAUAAUAAGAGGCCUGGAAAUGAGAGCCUAUUUGAUGGGUUGGGCUGCUGGAGUGCGUUUACUCCUCCUGCUACUACAUCGGGGCGCACCUCCUUUUUAUAAUAGUUUUUGUUAUUUUUACCCCUUUUUAUGAUAUCCAAUUGGUAGUUACAGUCUUGUCCCAUCGCUGCAACUCCCGUACGGACUCAGGAGAGGCAAAGGUCGAGAGCCAUGCGUCCUCCGAAACACGACCCUGCCAAGCCGCACUGCUUCUUGACACACUGCUCGCUUAACCCAGAAGCCAGCUGCACCAGUGUGUCGGAGGAAACACAGUACAACUGGCGACCGAAGUUAGCGUGCAUGCGUCCGGACCGCCACAAGGAGUCGAUAGAACAAGGACAUCCUCGCCGGCCAAACCCUCCCCUAACCCGGACAAUUGUGCGCCACCUCAUGGGUCUCCCGGUCGCAACCGGCUGCGACACAGCCUGGGAUCGAACCCGGGUCUGUGGUGACACCUCCUUAGACCACUGCGCCACUUGGGAGGACAAGGAAGCAACUCCUUUUGUUCUCAUCUACAGGAAUGAGGAGGUUUUGAAUAGGUCAGACUGGCUGCUCUAAACACAUUAGGUUACACAGCUCUUUUUUCCAUCCGAGAAAGCCUAUGUGCUCUCCAAGAAACCUUGACGUGAAGAUGAACGCUAACCUUCUGUAAACACAAACAGGCCUUAGCAGGAAACUACUAAAUGUCCCACUUCCCGUAACGUCUACCUCAUUGAAAUGCUUUGGGAAUGAUUUGGUUAGCAGCUUUGCUCUUUAUCCUUCUGACCAUACGUUUUGAAUAAUGUACAUGUACAGUUGAAGUCGGAAGUUUACAUACACCUUAGCCAAAUACAUUUAAACUCAGUUUUUCACAAUUCCUGACAUUUAAUCCUAGUUAAAAAUUCCCUGUUUUAGGUCAGUUAGGAUCACCACUUUAUUUUAAGAAUGUGAAAUGUCAGAAUAAUAGUAGAGAGAAUGAUUUAUUUCAGCUUUUAUUUCUUUCAUCACAUUCCCAGUGGGUCAGAAGUUUACAUACACUCAAUUAGUAUUUGGUAGCAUUGCCUUUAAAUUGUUUAACUUGGGUCAAACGUUUCGGGUAGCCUUCCACAAGCUUCCCACAAUAAGUUGGGUGAAUUUUGGCCCAUUCCUCCUGACAGAGCUGGUGUAACCGAGUCAGACUUGCUCGCACAUGCUUUUUCAGUUCUGCCCACACAUGUUCUAUAGGAUUGAGGUCAGGGCUUUGUGAUGGCCACUCCAAUGCCUUUGUUGUCCUUAAACCAUUUUGCCACAACUUUGGAAGUAUGCUUGGGUUCAUUGUCCAUUUGGAAGACCCAUUUGCGACCAAGCUUUAACUUCCUGACUGAUGUCUUGAGAUGUUGCUUCAAUAUAUCCACAUAGUUUUCCUUCCUCAUGAUGCCAUCUAUUUUGUGAAGUGCACCAGUCCCUCCUGCAGCAAAGCACUCCCACAGCAUGAUGCUGCCACCCCCGUGCUUCACGGUUGGGAUGGUGUUCUUCGGCUUGCAAGCCACCCCCUUUUUCCUCCAGACAUAACGAUGGUCAUUAUGGCCAAACAGUUCUAUUUUUGUUUCAUCAGACCAGAGGACAUUUCUCCAAAAAGUACGAUCUUUGUUCCCAUGUGCAGUUGCAAACUGUAGUCUGGCUUUUUUAUGGCGGUUUUGGAGCAGUGGCUUCUUCCUUGCUGAGCGGCCUUUCAGGUUAUGUCGAUAUAGGACUCGUUUUACUGUGGAUAUAGAUACUUUUCGCACCAAAGUACGUUCAUCUCUAGGAGACAGAACGCGUCUCCUUCCUGAGUGGUAUGACGGCUGCGUGGUCCCAUGGUGUUUAUACUUGCGUACUAUUAUUUGUACAGAUGAACAUGGUACCUUCAGGCGUUUGGAAAUUGCUCCCAAGGAUGAACCAGACUUGUGGAGGUCUACACUUUUUGGCUGAUUUCUUUUGAUUUUCCCAUGAUGUCAAGCAAAGAGCAUUGAGUUUGAAGGUAGGCCUUGAAAUACAUCCACAGGUACAUCUCCAACUGACUCAAAUUAUGUCAAUUAGCCUAUCAGAAGCUUCUAAAGCCAUGACGUCAUUUCUGGAAUUUUCCAAGCUGUUUAAAGGCACAGUCAACUUAGUGAAUGUAAACUUCUGACCCACUGGAAUUGUGAUACAGUGAAUUAUAAGUGAAAUAAUCUGUCUGUAAACAAUUGAUGGAAGAAUGACUUGUGUCGUGCACAAAGUAGAUGUCCUAACCGACUUGGCAAAACUAUAGUUUGUUAACAAAAAAUGUGUGGUGGUUGAAAAACGAGUUUCAAUGACUCCAACCUAAGUGUAUGUAAACUUCCGACUUCAACUGUACAUCGACUGAUAUAUUGUGCAUCAGCAGGUGUACGGGAAACAUUCUACCUACUUUCAUGUACUUACUGUACAUUCCUCUUCUGUCAAAGGACCUGGCCUUUCAUGAUCAAGAGCCCAAAGAAGUACAGCAACCUCUCCUUCACAGAGGCCAUGGACAAGUACAGGUGGUCAAAGAAAAGAGGGAAGUCCUUCAAUGAGAUGGUUCUACAGCUGCCCAUUAACGUGCGCUGCUCCAAGUGGGGGCAGGACGAGUGGUCGGUGAGUGUUCUGUCAGAGCUGGGGCUGAGGAUCAGACGGCUGGGGCUGGGGCUGAUCUGGUGCUAUCAAUUAGUCACUGACGGCAAUAUGUCAUCCACAGGGAACCAAUGAAAUUGUGCCCUUUCACUCUUUUGGGAUGUUGAUUUAUAUUAAUUUUGUUAAGUUAUUUGUUUAAUUUGACUGUAUAAUACAGUGAGGGAAAACAGUAUUUGAUCCCCUGCUGAUUUUGUACGUUUGCCCACUGACAAAGAAAUGAUCAGUCUAUAAUUUUAAUGGUAGAUUUAUUUGAACAGUGAGAGACAGAAUAACAACAAAAAAUCCAGAAAAACGCAUGUCAAAAAUGUUAUAAAUUGAUUUGCAUUUUAAUGAGGGAAAUAAGUAUUUUUCCCUCACUGUAUGUAUUGUGAUGUAUAUGCUUGAAUGUGCUUUGGAUAGUCAUCUUCCUCACUGUAUUUCAUAGUUAUUCAUAUUUCCCUCUCUUUCUUUUCCCCUCCAGAUUCAAGGGACGAUAGUGUCACCACCAGAGGUGAAGUCUGAAGUCAAGCCUCCCUCCAUGGUGUGCCGUUCUGCCUCAGAGCCACACAGUGGAGUGGCUCUACUCUUUACAAUGUGCCUCACAUACUCCAUGGUCCAGACCUGUUUAAGCCUAUAGCCAUUCCACUGUGUGAAUCACACCACACACUCUCUCUCUCACACUGGCUGUGGAA